AUGGAUCCUUUUAACUUUAACUCUAACUCUCCCGGGUUGGUUAACCUACUAGUCUCUCAGAGCAGUCAAACAAUAGACUUAGGGUGUUCUGAGGUUCCUAAACCGGCGUCAAAGCGAAAGUGGACAACCAAAGAAGACGUUGUCUUGAUCAGUGCUUGGUUGAACACCAUCAAGGAUCCAAUCGUGAGUAACGAGCAGAAGGCAGGCACGUUUUGGAAGCGCAUAGAGGAGUAUGUCAAUGCUAGUCCUCUGCUCAUUGGCUCCAUUCCUAGGGAGUGGAGUCAAUGUAAGCAGAGGUGGGGAAGGGUUAAUGAGCAGGUCUGCAAGUUUGUUGGAAGCCAUGAAGCCGCGCUGAAGGAGCAAGCGAGUGGGCAAAAUGAGAAUGAUGUCAUGAAGGCUGCCCAUGACAUCUUCUUUAACGACUAUCUUGUCAAGUUCAGUAUGGAACAUUGUUGGAGGGAGCUUAGGUUUGAUCAAAAAUGGAGAUCACACUCAUUCUCGAAAGAUGGUGCAAAGGAGAAAAGGAAGGAACCGGCGGAGGAGGUUCCUGCGGACCAAGAUUAG